CUUCUUUACCCAACGCAAGAAACCAUGAGCCUCCCGACACCACCAUCACCACUUCUCUCCGACACCUACGAUGCUAAUCAAAAAGGUCCCACCAAGAGCCUGGGCGAGCUAUUCGCUGACAUCGCCCGCCAACUCCCCGACCACGAGGCAAUCGUCGCGCUCCAUGGGCAGUAUGCUGUCCGGUGGACCUUUGCUCAAUUACACGAUGCGAGUUGUCGUCUGGCAACCAUCAUAUCUAAUAACGGCCUGCGCCCGGGCGACCGUGUGAUGACCUUCAUGUCCAACGAAGCUGAAUACGCGCUGCUCUUCUGGGCAACAAUAAAUUUGGGCUGUCAAUUCGUGCCGAUGGACCCGCGGGUACUCGAUCACAUCACCGACGAGUCGGUUCAACUCCUUGAGCGACUUGAUCCCGCGGCCAUCGUGGUGUCGAAUCAGACCAUGGCGAUACAGGUAGAUGAGGUGGUAAAGAAAACGGACAGCUGCCGUCAUCGUCGUUGCGGCGAUAGGCGGCGGGAAAUCAUCAAGUACAGCCUUGGGGAAUGCCAUGAGGCUACUACUGGGGACUGGAAGGUGUUGACAGCCGCAGAGCUGGAGGCAGCAGGCGGCUGCAGCAAAGCAUGUCCAACUUCUCGCCCCGUCAACGAGACAUGCCUCAUCCUCCUCACAAGCGGCACCGAAUCCUUGCCCAAAGUCUGCGCACAUACGUCAAUGACUGUUGGCGCGCCCGCCCUGACCCUCAUGGAACAAUGGAAGCUGCGGGCUGGGGAGGACGUCCUCUGCCAACAUCUCCCGAACUUUCAUAUCUUCAGUAUCUUGCUGCAGGUCAGCUUUUGGCUGGCAGGCGCGACAGUGCUGAUCCCGAGUGCGGCGUUUGACGCGGCCAAGUCCCUUGACGCUUGCUUCUGGUGCCCUCAACGAGUCCAUGUUGCAUGCGUGCCUACAAUGCUUCGGGCGUUGGCUGCUGUCUGGGAAGGCGAAGCAGCGCCGCUGGCGGGAGCAGAGCGACGAUCACCAUAUUCAAUCAUUCUAGGCGGUGCCCCGAUAACCCAGGAUAGCUUGGAACUUGGCAAGGGGUUGGGUGCCCAGCACGUGGUUGCUGGUUACGGCACUACCGAGGGAGUGGGAGCACUCAUGAACACAAUGAGUGUUUCCACCAUCGUUCAAUCGGGCGCCGGGAUCCGUAUUUGCGGUCAUCAGAGCCGAAUGCCCCUGCCACGUGGACAGGUCGGCGAAGUUCAUCAAGGCGGCCUCCCAUUGAUUGCUGGGUACCUGGACGCCACAUCCAGUGAGGCGAAUAGCUCCUUCUACGAGCGCAACGGAGUCACUUGGAUGGCGACAGGUGACCAGGGAUACAUGGACACGGAAGGUGCGGUGUAUAUCUUAGGAAGAUAUAAAGAUUUGAUCAUCCGUGGGGGGGAGAAUAUUUCGCCUUGGAGAAUUGAGCAACAUCUCACUCGAUUACCAGGCAUUGCGGCCGCAUCAGUAGUCGGGGUGCCUGAUACCGUGGCCGGCGAAGUCCCUGUGGCUGUCAUUAUCCGAGAUAAUAACCAUCCCGAGCCCCAUAUGACUACGCAAGAGAUUCAAGAUGCGGUUUGCAGGAACCUAGGCAGGGCUUUCUCGCCAUAUCUGGUCCUAUCUUUGAACGAUAACCUAGGACAUGAUCGAUUCCCCACGACAAGGACCGGUAAAGUGCGAAAGGCUGAGCUCCGUGGAUGGGUGGAGGACUACCUAACGGAGUCUUCAAAGGAGCUCCAGGCAUCUCAAGGCCCUGAGUCCGGCACGGCGCUAGAGGAUCUCACUAGGUGUCUCGCGCGAAUCGCCGGAAUCAGUACGAACCAGAUUGACUGUGACAUCCCGAUUCGUGCCUAUGCGGAUAGUAUCAUGAUCAUGCAGUUCUUCCAUUUGGUGCAGCAGAAGGGUCUCGGUCGCCUCACGCAGCAGGACCUUGCCCAUCACAGCACCAUUCGUAAGCAGGUCAACCUGUUGCAGUCUCGCAAGUAUCAGACGAGUACCGGAAGCAUUUCGCCAGCUGGAAAUUCGGGCAAUAGCGGAUGGACAUUGUCAUAUUAUGACCAAUGUCUUCAGCUGCCAGAUCUCGAAGAGAAGGUCCUCCAGAAACUGCAGCCUCUGGGGUUUGGCCCGAGGGAUGUCGAAAGCGUGAUUCCCACGACAGACUACCUACAGCGCUUCGCACGGGACCAGUCCCGGUCAAAUUCGUGGAGUAUGCGGGCGGCCUGGCUGGCGCAGGAUUCGUCACUCACCCCCAACGAAUUGGAAUCUAUCCUUGAACUCUGGAUCCAGCGACAUCCCUUGUUGCGAGCGACAUGCAUCACCUACGACGAAGAACGGGAAUUGUAUCUCGUGAUGCAUCCGAGUGAUCGAUGGUUGCGGCUGCAGAUCAGCCAUGAUGACCUAGUGGUGGAGAAUGCGCAAGCGCUGCAAGACUAUCGAAUGAAUGAUCCUGCCUUCGACUGGGUGAACGUAGCCACUGGACCGCCGUUCAAGGCGACAAUCCUAAAGACCCGGGAGGGCCUCGCCGGAGUUAUCAUGCACUUUCACCACGCUGUAUUCGACGGGUUCUAUCUGUUCUCGCUGGCCCGUGACUUGCAGGAGCUCCUCAGAAGUACAGAGAGUCGAGGUAGCUCUUCCAGCAUGAUUUCAACGGUCCCGUUCCCGACAUUUGCUCGCGCCUUUCAUGCAUACAGAAUGACCCCUGAAGCCCAAAGGUCAGUGGACUUCCACGUGAAGCGGCUUCAAGGUCUGGCCGCGACGCCGAACUCGUUGUGGCCCCCACAGAAAGCGCCAGGGUGGAUGAAAGGCGACUGGCAGGACUGGGCUGCAUCGUGUUCCGACAGCGGCAGCAACAAUUUGUUCGGUCCCCGCGAGGCCCUCGACGGAGACCAAGGCCGGGGCACUGAAGGAAUAACGCGAACCCUCCACCUCCCCGAGUUGUCUUCGAUGCGGAGGCAGUUUGGGUUCCCGGCCUCGACCAUCGCGAAGUGUGCGUGUGUGAUGAUGAACUGGCGGCUCACGGGGAGCGAAGAGGCCGUGUUCGCCGGAGUUGAUUCGGGACGGCAUUGGCCCAUGGCUCUGGAACCAUCGUCGACAUCACCCUUAUCAUCGGAUGUUGGUGAUGCACUUCGAGUAGAUGGUCCCACAAUGACCUUCUACGUAAAUCGGAUCGGUCAAGCCCCCAACGAAACUGUGUAUCAGCUCCUGUCUCGUGUUCAAAGCUACCAGGAGGAGUUGUCGGCCCACGCGCACGCCCCGCUCAACGACAUCAAGGCCCGAUUGCGUGCGGCUGGCACUUCUGGCGCCGACGACUUGAGGGUGGCUGACGACGUCCUGCAUCGCCAAUCUUUCAACUGGCUGCUGGAGCAGUACGAGUCUUCCGCCGAUGACAAAAGCGAUCGACUCCGGCUGAUGGAUAACAUCUCACGCACGGACCUGGGCUUCAUGUGGUAUCCGAGCUUGGGACCGGGAGAUGUUCUGUCGUUGAACGUGACGUGGGAUGAUGCGCAGUUGAGGAACCACGAGGUCCUGGAUAUCACGACGGAGUAUAUGUGUGCGGCCGCCUGGAUUGCGGAUCCCGCCAAUGUCAAUCGAUUGGUUUCGGAGUGUCCUUUUGCAGGUGACUAUGCUAUCACUUACUGGGUUCCUGAGAGGAUCAGACGGUAAAGUCUGUUUCGAGGCGGGAGAUAUAUU